CAAGAGAUGAAAUUAACAAUACCAGCCCGGAUUAGGGGAGAAGCAAAUAAAGUGCAUUUCUAGCUUUUAAAAACUACUCACAAAAGCACAGGAAAACCAUGCCAUAUAUAAGUUACAAAACCGACACGCAUAACAGAAGUAAUAAACUAAAAAAAAAUGAAAGAAAAAAAAAAACUCCAAUCUAAAGUGCCUGUUACAGAGGAUUAGCUAAACCCAACUCUAGCGACUAUCCCGAUCAGUUUGUAACUAAAGGGAGUUGAUGGAGUGCCGCAAACCGAAUCAGCUCGCCUCUUUCCAGAGCUGACAACUCGGAGCUGAGCUUUCCCUUUCCGGCGAAGCCCAUGUCAGUGUGAAGAUAGAGGAUGAACUGUGCCUCCUCCAUGUCCGAAAUUGGUAGCACCUUCUUGUCUUUGAGCUUCUCAAAGACUUUCUUAGCAUUUUUGUCCGCCUUGUCCAGCUUGAGCUGUGCGAAGUUGACCUCCUCCACUGCCUCUCCCAGCUCAUUCAUCCAUUUCCUUAUAAUCUUCUUCAGAGACAUGAUGAUGAUCUGUGCUUAGAAUGCAAAAGAAAAGAAAGAAGAAAAGGAAGAAAUAGUGGAAGUGUUUUAGACAAUACCAGGGUGAUUGCAGUUCAGUUCAUAUAUAAUGCAGUUCAGUUCAUAUACCGUUCCAAAUCACUCCAACGGCUCUUUCUCCUUUCAGCGUCUCUGUUUGAUUUUCCCAACUCUCCAUUUCUUUCCUUCAUCUCUCUCAGGACGACAGAGACUCCCACAAGUUACAACCCAACGGCUCUUUCUCCUUUCAGCUUCUUGUUUCUUUUCUUUGAUUUUCCCAAACUCUCCGUUUCUUUCUCUUCUUGAGAAUACCGGAGCUGGCAGAAAAGGGCUUAUUUACGCCACCAAUCAGGAUCUGUCACGUCAGACAUUUAAUGAGGAGGAAGCAGUACACUCUAUCACACAGGAUUAUUACUCAAUUAAAACUAAAAUCAUCAAACAGAAGCCCUUACCUGGAGAAACCCAUUCCAUCUCCUCCUCUCCUCUGGAGCCGCCACGGCGUCGUUCUAAGCUGGCGCUGACACACCCAACCUCAAGUUUUUCAAUCAAAGCAAUAAAGAUGGUGGAUGAUGAGGUCCAAGGUUUCCAUGAUAGUGACAUUGAUGAGCAACGAUGUUAUUGGGUGAGGAAAAUGCUUUACUCAAAGAUGAUGUUGAAAUGUUGUACCUUUGGCAGUAUGGAUAAGAUGCACAGUUUAUGCAAGUUAUGUGAAUUUUAAUUUUUGUUUAUUCAAUUAUU